CUCCUUCACUACGGCCACAGCCUUUGCUAACGACUAGCUCUCCACCAUAUUGCAGUAGCUCACGCCCCCAGAUCAUGGAAUCUCUUCCCCGCCGUUCGCCCGCUUGAAGCUUCUAGGCACCCCCGCUGUUCGGAGUAGCUUCCAACGUUUCCUCGCCCUCGCCGCCCAGGGACGUUCAUAUACCAUCACUUUCUGCCUAUUCUCGUUAACACCCCUUGACUGCAGCUAUGAUCGCAGGCAGAGGAAGAUCAAAGAUCCGGCCGCCUCGGAGGGGUAUCCAUGGAGGCGAAGAGAUCGAUUUCGAGCAAACCUGGAAGAUUAUUGCAUCAGCGUUCAACGAGAUUCACACAAAGAACGCUUCGAAGCUUUCAUACGAGGAGCUAUAUCGACACGCGUAUCGGAUCGUGCUUAAGAAGAAGGGAGAAGACUUGUACAAACGAGUUCGAGAUUUCGAGCAUGACUGGCUCACGACGCAAGUCCGGCUACGCAUACAGGACCUCCUCUCCCCGAACCUGUUGAUCAGCUCGCAAGCAAUUGGGGGCACAACCACGAAUGAACGCCGCUUUGCAGGCGAGAAGUUCAUGAAGGGACUCAAGGACGCCUAUAUGGACCAUCACGUGUGCAUGGGCAUGCUGGCGGAUGUCUUGAUGUAUAUGGAUCGCGUUUACUGCCAAGACACCCAUAGACUCUCCAUCUACAAUUCAGCCAUGAUUCUAUUCCGCGACGAUAUCCUCAACGCUUUUUCCCAGGACGGCGACAGUAUUUCGGUCCUGGAGUUGCUGAAUCACGUUAUCUUGGAGCAGAUCCGCAUGGAACGAGACGGUGACGUUAUCGACAAGCACAUGAUCAAGGAUUGUGUGUACAUGCUAGAAGGGCUCUACGAAGGCCAGAUGGACACGGCCGAGUCGAGAUUGUACGUCGCGUCAUUCGAAGGCAGCUUCCUAGAGACGAGCCGGGACUUCUACAGGGCAGAGUCGGAGCUGUUGCUGCGGGAGUCGGAUGCCGGAGCCUACUGCAGACACACCCGGCGGAGAAUUGUUGAAGAGCAGGAUCGGUGUCGCUCUACGCUUGCGGAAUCUACAACGCCCAAAAUCGAGAAGGUUGUUGAAGAUGAACUGAUCAAGAAUCGCAUCCGGGAGCUGAUUGAGAUGGAAAGCGGCGUGCGGUUCAUGAUCGACAAUGACCGUAUGGAGGAGCUCAGCUUGGUUUACGAGCUCAACGCACGCGUUGAUCCUAAGAAGACCGAGCUUAUGAGAGCUAUGCAGAAGCGCGUAGUGGAGAUGGGUACAGAGGUCAACAACGCAGCAAUCGCUGCGUCGCAAGCGCCACCGCCCUCUGAAGGUGCCGACAAAGGCAAAGGUCCGGCCUUAGAAAAGAGUCUCAAUCAACAAACCGUUGCGGCAAUUAAAUGGGUUGAGGACGUACUACAGCUGAAGGACAAAUUCGACCUUAUUUGGAAGAAUGCAUUCAACUCUGAUAAUGCCCUCCAGACAGCUCUAACGAGGAGUUUUGCCGACUUUAUCAACGCUUCGUCUUUCCCGCGAAGCUCCGAAUAUAUCUCGCUUUUUAUCGAUGAAAACAUGAAGAAGGGCAUCAGAGGCAAGACCGAAAACGAGAUCGACAUGGUUUUGGAGAAGGCCAUUGUCCUCCUACGAUACGUUCAGGAUAAGGAUCUGUUUGAGCGAUACUACAAGAAGCAUCUCUGUAGGCGACUGCUCAUGAACAAGUCGAUCAGUAACGAUGUCGAGAAGCAGAUGAUCUCGAGGAUGAAGAUUGAGCUUGGGAACAAUUUCACCAUGAAGUUAGAGGCAAUGUUCAAAGAUAUGACCAUAUCCGAAGAGCUUACCUCCGGGUACAAGGGUCAUGUGGCACAGCUUGGUGACGCCGACCCCAAGCGUAUCGAGCUCGCUAUCAACGUGCUGACGAGCAUGACAUGGCCAUUAGAAUCUAUGGGUGGUUCUGGUGACGAAGAGGGGAAGACAUUGAAAUGCAUCUUCCCGCCGGCUAUCGAUCGCAUAAAGCGAGGCUUCGAGAAAUACUACGGCGAGAAGCACUCCGGAAGACAGCUUACCUGGCUAGCUGCUAUGGGCUCCGCAGACGUCCGAGCGGUGUUCCCCAAAGUUCCCGGCAAAGAAGGCACGCAGAAGGAGAGGCGACAUGAGCUUAACGUGUCCACAUAUGGCAUGGUCAUCCUAUUACUAUUCAACGAAGUCUCAGCGGAUGUGUCCUUAACAUUCGAGGAUAUCCAGGCGCAAACCAACAUCCCGGUGAGCGACCUCGUCAGGAAUCUCCAGUCUCUAGCCGUGGCUCCCAAAACCCGGAUCCUAGUGAAGGAACCUAUGAGCAAGGAUGUCAAACCCACAGACCGCUUCUCUUUCAACGCGGGCUUCAUGGGCAAGUUCCAUCGCAUCAAAGUGGGCGUGGUGUCCAACGGGAACAAAGUAGAGAGCGACAGGGAGCGGAAGGAGACUGAGAAGAAGAACGAUGACUCUAGGGGCUUCUGCAUUGAAGCGGCUGUGGUCAGGAUCAUGAAACAACGCAAGGAACUCUCGCACCAGCAACUCGUCGCCGAGACACUCAACCAGCUCGCCCCACAGUUCAAGCCCGAGGUCACUAUGAUCAAGAAGCGCAUCGAGAGCUUGAUUGAGCGCGAGUACCUCGAGCGUAUCGAAGGCGCGAAGGUGGACUCGUACCGAUACCUCGCGUGAUCGCCGACGCCCUACUUUUCCUUUCUCACGAUAAUCAAAAUUUCGGCCUAGCGAGGGCUUGCGGAGUCUUGGUUUCGAUCGUCUCAUCGGCACUGCUUCUGCCUC